UUUGACUGUCUCCAACUUUAUUGUUCUGUCAACAGCAACAAAGGCGACGAACAACGGUCUGACGCUACAGCCUUUGAAAUGGCGUUGAUGUAGUUUAUUACACCGUACUUGUAGUUAUUGUGCUCGUGUGGUUCCCUGCAUGAUUUAGUUGCGGGUCAAAUUUGAAAUUAGUGUCUGGCCUCUAUAUUCGGGCAUAACAGAGCUGACUAGCAAAAAUGUGGUGAAGCGAUUUGCCUUUAAUUUACGUUGCAUAAUAAGGCCGCAGCUACCCGCGAGCUUGCGUAGGGAUUACAGCGGCCUCCGGGUGCUUGGCCUGCCGCAGCCUGAUGUCGGUGAGUUUCUAGCGUUACAUAUCAAUCUUGCUUGCAAACAGUGUUUGUUAGCGCGGUCAAAUUCUGUCCAUUUUGUUAGAUAUUUGUACUGUUUAUAUUAAGUUUUAAAACCAAAUACACAGCACCAAGUAUUUCUUGUGCGAGUUAAACUUAUCUUAAAAGCUCAGUGUAGACACAUCAAUGGCUAGCAUGGCUAACAUUAGCCAACAUGCUAAACGGGUUAGUGUUUUGCUAGCAAUACAACAUUCACGAGGUAUACCGUGUUUGCAAACAGCGAGCUAUUGAUAUGACUUGUUAGUUUGUUAUUGCUUUAGACUAACUAUAGCUGAAGAAAUUCACACAAAUUUUGACCAUGAAGUUCGGUAGCACAUAACGGUUAGCUAUUGCCUCUCCAAUAUAUCAUCGUAUUUUUCAUAUUUUGUAGUUUGAUGCUAAAAACUAUUUGCUGUGCACUGUAUUGCAAAAUUAUCAGUUUCCACAAAGUUGCCCUGUUCCUUGAUCGAAACCACAUUUUAAGAUAAAGGAAUCAGUUUUAAUGUUAUUAGUGUGUAGUUUCCCAAUAUUUACAUGAUACAUUUACUAGCCAUUUACUGUAGUGUGUUUCAUAUACGGCAUGCUAUCAACACGUUUUUCCCUCUUUAUUUCCACAGUCUUCAGAGUGAAUCCUGGCGGACAUGUAUUUGAGGAAUCUGCCAGUGAAGUGAUAAACUUGCAGUCCAACUAAACAGCAGAUUUACGUUACUGCAGAAUUUAUAAACCUGACAGUAAUUUUGUUUCCAGCGUCUGAAUAGAUUUUGAACACAUUAUAACUGUUUAAAACAAGUGAAGACAAACUCAUUCAUCAUGGCAUCAGUGCCAGUGUACUGCCUGUGUCGCCUGCCAUAUGAUGUGACACGCUUUAUGAUUGAGUGUGACAUCUGUCAAGACUGGUUUCAUGGAAGGUAGGUCAUUUUCACAGUCAACACUAUUGCUCAUGCUGUUGUCUGAAUUUUUACAGAAAUGAAACGAUUGUUUUUUUUUCUAUGUAGCUGUGUUGGAGUAGAGGAAGACAAAGCCGCUGAGAUUGACCUGUAUCACUGCCCAAACUGUCAGGUCACACAUGGGCCAUCUGUCAGUAAGUAACAGUUGCUUUAACACUGCUAUUAUAAAUUAUUUUAAACUUCUUGGUUGAUUUUUACAUUUUUGUUCUGGUGCUUUUUUUGUCCUCAGUGCGUAAACGCCGUGGUGGCAACAAGCAAGUGGAUGGAGGUUCUGCCGGAACAAGAGAUCCAAGUCGACCUGUUAAAACCGGAAGUGUACAGUUUGUCAGGGAGCUACGGAGCCGCACCUUUCCAAAGUAAGUCGCCCCCAUGACCAUGUAAGGAAAAACAUGUGUCAUUAUAAAAUAUGCAGCCCUGGUUAUUACUGAAUGAUGCACUUGGUGCAAGGUAAACCUUUUUUGAUGUUUAGCUAUUGCAGCUGGUGGCAUCAUGUUUAUUUAGAGUACAAUUUAAUGCACACAGCUUUUGCGUCAUGUAUGUUGUCGUGUUUUAAGUUUAAUGUUACAGUUUCUUGUUUUAUGGGGAGAGCCUAUGCAUUUACAGCUCAAUAAUAAUGAAUCCUGUCAAAUUUUUGUUUUUUUGUGAUCCCAUAGCGAAACUUCUGUAUAUUUCUUUUUGUCAUCCUGUAACAGUGCGGAUGAAGUCUUGCUUAAACCGUCUGGGGCCCAGCUAACAGUUGAGUUUCUGGAAGAGCAUUCGUUCAGUGUUCCUGUCAUGGUGCUGAGGCGAGAUGGCCUUGGCAUGACCCUCCCACCUGCAUCAUUUGGUGUUGCUGAUGUCGAGCACUAUAUUGGUAAAAUCUGAUGCAUUUCAGUUUGAACAAGUCUUACAUUACUCUUUAUCAAGUCAGUAAAUGUGUGAUGGAGAUUAGAAAUGCAGUUUCUUUGUUGUGCUGAACAGGAUAAUUAAGUCACUAACACUCUGCUCAAACUUCUGGUUUGAUUUCAGGUUCAGACAAAGAGAUUGAUGUUAUCGAUGUGUCCCGCCAGUCUGAUAUGAAGAUGCGGUUGGGAGACUUCGUUGAAUACUACAACAGCCCCAACAGAGACAGAGUGCUCAAUGUUAUCAGCCUAGAGUUCUCUGAGACCAGGUACGCUGACGUUUGACUCUACAGCUCUUAUCCUAUGUCUUGCUCCAUAAAUGCAGUAAUUCUUGACAAUAGAUUUAGAUGAUUUGAGGAAAGUAAGCAAAGAACUGUACUGGUUCAGGAAGGUUUUAAGAUAAGAUUAGAAGAACUUUAUUUAUGCCCGAAGGGAAAUUCAAUAUAAUUUUAUAGAUAAUAUAAUGUUAUAGAUUUGAUGUUUUGACGAUCAAAGACAAGUUUUUUUUUUUUUUUUUUUUUUUUUUUUAGGCUUUCAAAUUUGGUGGAGACACCAAAAAUUGUGAGGAAACUGUCAUGGGUUGAAAACCUCUGGCCUGAAGAGUCUGUAUUUGAACGUCCCAACGUGCAGAAGUACUGCCUAAUGGGAGUAAAGGACAGCUACACAGACUUUCACAUUGACUUUGGAGGCACCUCAGUAUGGUACCAUGUCCUGAGGGUAAGAGAAAACAUGAUCUUUUUGUUCCUCUUGAUAGCCAAACAUAUUUGUCUUUCCUUUCAAUGCUUCGUUGAUAUUUUCAUAAAGAGUUUUUUCCUCUUUGCCAUUCAGGGUGAGAAGAUCUUCUACCUAAUUUCCCCAACCCAAGCUAACUUGGCGCUUUUUGAGCGGUGGAGUUCUUCAUCUAACCAGAAUGAGAUGUUCUUCGGAGACCAGGUUGAUAUGUGUUACAAAUGCUCCGUCAAACAAGGGAACACCUUGUUCAUACCAACAGGUGAGCUGCUUGUUUUUUGUUGUGUAAGUGUGUUGUUUUGGUGGUGAAAGUCAAACAUGUCUGUAUCAAUAAUGUGACCUCCUUUUUUCUUUUUUUUUUGGGCCUGUCUUUCAGGUUGGAUUCACGCCGUGCUGACUCCAGUGGACUGCCUGGCCUUUGGAGGAAACUUCUUGCAUAGUCUCAACAUUGACAUGCAGCUGCGGUUAGUUUCAUUUUGACUUCUACUUUUCUAAGUUCAUUAAGGUUGUUGAAGCCCUUUUUGCUUGAAAUGUCAAAAGUGAGAGAGAACAGGAUUCCUAGAGUGGGAUGACACUGAGACUAAGUUUUGCUUUCUUAAUGUUUUUGUCGUAUGUCGACAGCAGAAUACGUACCUUGAUAACAUGUGGAAAACACUUACUCUACACAAUCUCAUGCCCCAACAUCACACAUUUUUUUACAUGACUCCUUUAAAAGUUGUCUAGCCUUUAUGGCUCUUCAGACACAGUGAAAACUUAAACAUGAUUCUGCCAAACAAAAUCCUCGUCCACAAAGCAAUGAAUAAUUAAGUAAUUUAGGGACGUUUACUGCUUGGUUGUAUCAGAAUGCCUUUUGCUCUUGAUUAACAGUCACACAUUGUUGACAGUGAUUUUAACUUUGUUGCAAUGAUCAUGCAUGUCUGACAUUUCUUGUGCUUUGUUAUCAUUUAAAGGGCAUAUGAAAUAGAGAAGAGAUUAAGCACAGCCGACUUGUUCAAAUUUCCCAACUUUGAGACGGUGUGCUGGUAUGUUGGAAAGCACCUUCUUGAUACCUUCAGAGGUGAGAAAGUUCAACAGAUGUCAUAAAAUCUUGGUUUGCCUUGAUGUGAAAUAUUGGAGAGGACAGUGUUACUGUUUGUCACUCUACUUUUCUGUCACAGGUCUGAGAGAAAACCGCAGACAUCCUGCCACUUACCUCGUUCAUGGAGCUAAGGCCCUGAACAACGCCUUCCGCGGCUGGACCCGCAAAGAAGUAGGCAAAAUACCAUUUAAUAACUAACUUGCAUUUAAAAGAGGGUAAUGUUAUGGACCACAGCUCUCAGCUGGUUGUUAUAUCCGUAUCAGUCUGUAAUUGUUUUAUGUCUGUAACUUUGUAAAUGUACUGCUGCCUGUAUUGACCAGGACACUCUUGCAUUUGAUAUUUUUGAUCUCAGUGGGGAAUUUCUGUUUAAAUAAAAUUUUAUUCAUUUAUUCAUUCAUUACCCAUAACUCCCCAGUCCCAAUGUAAUCCAGCUGUUUUCCACAGGUCACAGUUCUGUUCCCCAAAUUAAAUAGACACAAGAGUAGUUUAUACCAGCAGCCUUUCACUCCAGAGCAAAGUGUAUUUACUUGUGCUGUACUUUCAGUUGAAAAAAUCGACUUUAGAAAAGUAAAAGAUGUCUUGUAUGUUUACGAUGAAUGACUUAUACAUAUGCACAUACAUACUUAAUAUGAUCCUCACAUUCAUGGUAUUUAAAGCUGACUGUGAUUCUAAAGCUAAGCUUACCUCAUACAGACUGUAGCCUGAACUGGCAGAAAUCAGGUGCAUUUUUACCAGCCAUCUACUAAACACAAAAAUACACACAGUGCAAAGUUAGUCUUUUCUGUGCUUAUACACAAUUUGAACAUACUUGCUGAUAUUAUGCUUUAUUUCUGUUCGGCUAAAUGUUUCCCAACUCUGAACACUGCACUUCAAGAGCACAAAAUAAGUCAAAGGGAGAAUUGGGAAAGCCUUAAAAUCUAUGUGUUAUCCUGCAUCAUACAAAUGUAUAAGAUUGUUUUUUUUCUUCUCACUCUCAGGCUUUAGCAGAGCAUGAAGUGGAAAUUCCAGAGACCAUCAAUACUCAGACUCUGGUGAAGGACCUGGCCAAGGAGAUUCGUCUGGUUGAGGUAAGUACUGAGAGAAAUGGGUGUGUUAUUAGCUUUCUUUUAUUUUCUUAGGUGGGUGGGUAGAAAUCUCACUGUUCGCAGCUUCCCGCAGCCAAACAUCACUUUCUUUUGUCAAUAGGACAUCUUCCAGCAAAACAUUGGCCGCACUGGAGCUCAGUUUCCUGGUUCGCCGCUCUCGAAAACUUCUCUGACCGCUUCCCAGAGUUCAGGGCGCCCCCCUGGAAAAAAGAAGGGGCCCAAGCCCAAGGAGGUGUUGGGAGGUGUUGGUCCCCCUGGAACGAAAAAGAAGAGUCAGAAGGGGCUGCUUAAGGCAGAGGCAGGAGAGCUGGAUCUCAUUGAGAUCCACACCAAGCAUACACUCAAAAAAUUUCAACCUGGCAAAUCCAAAAACGAGAGCAAGGUACAAAGUUUGUAGACAUUUGUGCAUGUGUUUCAAUUCCUUUCCACCUUUUUUCUCUGUAAAGUGUUUUUUAACCUUUGCUUGUAAUUCUCAUUUGUCCCUCCAGCUGGAGCUGCCUUUAGAGGAGUUUGAAGGGAAGAUUAACAAAAGCAAACUGAAACUUAUCCUGACCAAUGGAAAAAUCCAAGGGUAAGCUUUGCAGCUUUUGUAGUGUUCCCAUUUUUUGUGAUCCCAACAAGGUUUUUGGGUUUUAACCGGCAGAUAAACUGAUUUUAGGAAAAGAGACGGCAGCAGUAAUGGUGCAGGAAGUGCUGGGAAGUACAAGCAUCUUGCCAUGGAGGGGUCCAGUUUGUCUGACUUGGAGUCUGAGGAUGAGCUGCAGAUUGACGAGACCCCUCCGCCACGACGCAAGCCUGCAGGAGCGAACAAGAAAAAGAAAUUAAGUGGUGAGAAACUUCAGCAAACGCCACUCUGAAUACCAUGCGUUCCACUGAGAUAUUAUUCUUUCCAUAUUUUAACCCUGCCAGGAAAAUCUAUGAGAGAUCACAGGAGCUAUUGAAUUGAUGAAACUAUCAGUUAAAUGUCUUGCCUGCUCCAGUUUAGUCGUCUGGGUUCAAAGCCAUCCUGUCAAUGUAAUGAAUCACUUUUCCUGUGUCUUCAGGUCUCCCAAGGAAACUGCCCAGAGCCAAGCCCUGCUCUGACCCCAAUCGCAUCAGAGAGCCUGGAGAGGUUGACUUUGACAUUGAGGUGAGAUUAUACCAGAAAUAACAGUGAGGCUUCCUGGUGCCAAUUGUUAAUUUUAUCUUCAUCUUUUAUAUGCGGUAGAAAGUACAAGCCAGUGAAGGAGCUUUCACAGAUGUCAUAAGAGUUUAUAUUUCUUUGCUUAUGAUUAAAAACUAUACUUAAUGGUUUGAAUUUAACUUUGUCAUGCCCAUACAUUUUUGAUGUGAUUCUGAUUUCUUCAUCAAGCUAAUAUCCUCGCUGUGAAAUGAAAUUUCUCUGUUUGAUCAAACUGCAUGUAACAGUUUAAAUUAGGUUUGUUGCAGUAGCAGGUCCAUGAAACAAUAAUAAGGACUGAAAAUUUAAUUGACUGUUAACAUAUUGAUACAUGUAUAUUUUUAUGUUUUCUUUUUUGCCUCAUUAACUGUAGUUAUUAAACUAAAUUUUUGACAGUAUACAAAGCACUUUUUGUUCCAUCAGUUUGUCAUACAUAACAUGUAUGACGUGCUAUGUAUGACACAACAUGUCAUGCAUUAUACCCCCUCCUACUUGACUGUUUGUUUUUGUAACAAUGGUUUGAUAAUGCAUGUGGCUUUAGGAGGAUUACACCACAGAUGAAGAGGCACUCGCAGCUCAUGGAGUUAAGGGUGGUGCAGGGGGGAUUCUCGACCUGUUGAAGGCCAGCAAGCAAGUUGCAGGCUUGGACUCAGCAGCGCUCAGGUUGGAUAUCUUUGAUUACUGAUUAGUAUUUUAUUCAUUUAAUUUGGCAUUUGUGUUUUGUGGUGUUUGAAGCUACAAAUUUGUUACACACUUCUGAUGCUCGAUGCGGAUAAUUAUUAUGUCAAAAUAAUGGAUGAAGCACUUUAGGCUACUUGCUUUGAUGUACAAAGGAUGCUUUAGAUAAAGUUGGCAUGAGUUUGGUUGAAGAGAUUUCAGGACCAUGUGUAGGAAUGUGGGAUUAAGUGUCUUAAGUUUUGAACCUUGCAUGGUUCACAUAUUUGCACCGACAUUGUUUUUAUAAAAUGCCUUUCAGUUGAUAAGUAAUUUCUCAACUCUGUCUUUCUCAGUGAGGAAGCGCCAGCCUCUCCCAGUACCCGUGAUGCAAUCCAGGGUAUGCUGUCCAUGGCGAACCCUCCUUCCUCAUCUUCAUCCUCCUCGUCUUCAUCGCCCUUAUCUAUCUCUGGAGGCCUGACAGAGGGAUUAGGGAAAGUCAAGGAAAAAGGUGGUAGGGCUGUAUGGGUCACUGGAGGGGUCAAAAAGACAGGUGGUACUGGGAAGAAACCCAUCAUCCAGCGGCCUGGAAAACGGCCCAUCAAACGGCCCGCCCGUCAUCUUAGCGACGAGGAGAGUCCAGAUGAGCAAGAGACUCUAGGGACCUGUUUUAAAGAUUCAGACUAUGGUAAGAAAUAGACUUAGUGACUUUUAUACUUUGACAUAUAAAUCAGAGAGUUGAAGUUAAUAAAGUUAACGGGAUGUUGAAAUGGUUUGUUUAAGUUUACCCAUCCUUGGAGUCUGAUGAAGAGGACCAUGCUAACAAGGCUAAGAUGAAGCGAAAGAAAAACUGGGAUGACACACCCUGGAGCCCAAAAGGUACCUGAGUAGAUCACAAUAGCUCGAUGGAUCAGAUUUUAUUUUUAGCCUGAUUGUUGCUUACUUGGCAUUUCCAUUUUGUUAACAGCCAGGGUGAUGCCCACCCUUCCUAAACAGGAUCGCCCAGCAAGAGAGGGAGCCAGGGUUGCGUCAGUAGAAACUGGUCUUGCUGCAGCAGCUGCCAAGCUGGCACAACAAGUACGUUGAAAUAAAUAUCCCUGUUGUAGGCGUAGUAGUAUGUUUAGAUAAAAGAUAAUCACUCUUCAUGUUUAUUAUUUUUUUUCUGUUUGAAAUCAAGGAGCAGCAAAAGCCUGCUAAAAGAAAGUACAUAAAGAAGCAGCGUCCCCCUGCUCCUGUGGUCACUCCACCACCUGUUCAGACUGAUCCAGCCCCACCCUCACCAACACCUGCUCCAGAGUCUGCAGCAGACUUCAGCCCAGACAGGAGGAUGGAUUACUACUCUGCUAGUCUUUUGGACCAUGAGUAUACAGCAGGGCCCGGACCUUUUGGUCCUGGAGGCCCUAGGGGCAGCGGAGCAAUGGCCCCAGGUGUAUUCCUUACCUCACGCCGCCCGUCACUGUCUCCACAGAACAGCAGCUCUCACUCCACUGUGUCCCCAGCAGGUUUAGCCAGUCAAGGCACGACAGGGGUUGGUCAAGGUAAGCAUAGUCUGCGGUUGUUCACACUUUAAUUUUCUGUCCCUGUAACAACAACUUUUCUUAUGCCAUUUUCCUUCUCACUUUGUUUCAGGGAAACGUCCAAAGAAAGGACUUGCAACUGCAAAACAGAGACUUGGGAAAAUUUUGAAAAUCCACCGCAAUGGCAAACUUCUCUUGUGAGAGAUUUUGGAACCUUUUAGUUGGAAAGAGAAAAAAGCUUUGCAGAGUUAAUCUAAAGGAAAUAGAGAUAGUUAUCUAUAUUUUGUACUCUAGAUAAAUUUGUUUACUGUUUUCUUUUGUCAUCAAACCUCAUUUAACUUGUUCUGCAUCAGUUACCCGGCCAGCUAGGUUAACAACCAAUUUGGAGCUUCAGUUCUCCUGAUCUACAUCCGUAGGUUCUGAUAAGGCACAUGUGGUACUUCAUUGAAUUCACUGAUUUACAAAAGAUGCAUACAACAUCAAAUUUGCAUUGGGAUAUGUAGCAUGUAUGUCAAAAUUAGAGGUGGACAUUGGUUUAACUGGACUAAUAAGAUGAUAAAACUUUUUGUGGUUUCUGUGUGGAACUAUUUUAAGUGGCUCAAUUUCUGAAAAAAAAGGCUGAUCUAUUUUUAAAGUGAAGUAAUUCAACAGAUUUUACAUAUGAGUAAAAUGUCAUGUCUGUUGAUAUGUUCAUUAUUCCCCAUACAGUUAUGUUUUGGUAUUUUAUAAUUUUAUAUUUUUUGCACCAUACAACACAUAAUUGUGUGGUGUGAUGACAAUAAGGCCACAGUUUAACACACAGUAAAGAUAAAAUUAAAGCUUCACUUGUGCAGCCAGUAUGCCUUGUGAAUUAAUUUCCUUUGAGUAAUAUGUCCCUAAUGCUCGUGGAACACAUUUUCCAUCAUACACUGUAGCUAUACUCAUAAAAAAAGCACUCAACCAAUGCCAAGAGAUCCAUCUUAUGACUUUAUUUAUUCUGAACAUAUUUAUUUCACAAGGCAGCAUUUUUCCUCCUCUUAGCUUGUUUUAACCUGGAAUGUUGUUAACUGCUUUGCCAUCUUUGUCCCUUUGUAUUGAUUUUUAAAAACUACUUACUAUCUGUAUAAAAGUUCUAGCCAUUGCUUUGUCAGAAUUUUUACAAUUUAAGUUGUCAUUGUAAAUACUUGUAAUAUUUGUAAUUUAUAUAGUUUCAUUAAAAGAGCAAAAAGUAUUGAGAUGAAGACUAGUUUCCUGCAAGUUGCCAUAAUUUGUGCCCCGAGAGUUGGCAGUAAUCUUGGGACAGAUAUGCUUUCUUACCACAGAAUGUACUAGUGAUAACAAUUUUGUUAGAAGUGUAGAACUAACUGUGUGACAACAUUGUGAAGGUGCAGGAUAUUGAUUAAUAUGUAAAUAUAUGUUGUAAUUUAAGUUCUUUUAUAGUUCAAAAACUUUGAAAUCUUUCGUAAAAUAACUUGUACAUGAUACAUUGCUGUAUUUGGAAAAUAUCUGAAAUAGUUCAUUUUUUUAUAUUUGUACUCAGUAAUUGUCAUGCAUAGUUUGUCAUGUUGUCUUGUCCAUGUAAUAGUGAUAGUGUUUUGGGAAAAAAAUGCCCUUGUUUUAUUUCACGAAUUUAGUUUUAUAUUAAUAAUUGUCAAUAUUCACUUGUGUUGCUGUGUACUAUGUGUUUUAAACAUGAUAUGUUUAAAUACGACUUGGAAAAGAUAAAAUAUACCUUUGGCAAAA